CUCACAAACCCGGAGCACGUAGCAACAACUGAGCCAAUGUGCACCACGGCGAUCCGUCCUACCGACUGUGGUGCCUGGCAACAGAAAAAGACGUGAUGACGUCUCUUCUUCAGAUUGCGUAUUAUGGGAUGUAGGGAAUUAAACAACCCGAAGAGGACACGGGAAGCCAAAAAUAAUAAAAGAGACAGACAUAAGCGGGGUGCAUGGUGAAUCAUGGAGCUCUCGGCUGUUGGCGAGAGCGUCUUCGCAGCCGAGUCCAUCAUUAAACGGCGAAUCAGACGGGGUCGCUGGGAAUAUCUCGUGAAAUGGAAGGGCUGGUCUCAGAAGUACAGCACCUGGGAGCCGGAGGAAAACAUUCUGGAUGCACGACUCUUCGAUGCCUUCGAAGAGAGGGAGCGGGAGAGGGAGCUGUUCGGACCCAAGAAGAGGGGACCCAAACCCGAGACAUUUCUCUUAAAGGCCAAAGCCAAAGCCAAAGAAAAGACGUAUGAAUUCAGAGCAGAGGCCCCCCGGGUGAUCCAGGUCACAUAUCCCAUCCCGGAGCCCGUCGUAACACCGAGGGCCCGGGAGGGUUUACGAACCGUGGUUCCCACAAUCUUCCCACCGAGUGCCAUCAACAGAGGAGAGAGCGUCCUCAUACGGCUACCGGAACCGGAGAGAAGGCCCAGACCGACUCCAACUUCCCUCACGGUCCAAGAACCCGUCCGGAUCCCAAAAAAGAGAGGACGCAAACCGAAGCUGCAUUUACAUUAUGAUGAAGGCGAAUCAGAGGAGCCUGAUGUUAAACAGAGCAGGCCGCUGGAGGAGCCGGGGUCACACAGUUUCUCCAAGCUGUCCAGACGCUUGGAUCACCAUCAUCACCGUGGGGAGACGUCAGACCACAGCCUCAACCAGCUGACCAGGAGGUUUCAAGAGGAGACCACAAUAACACCCAAAUCCAGCAGCGAGCAGAGGCACGCUGGACUGUCAUACGGCUGCGCGUUCACCCCAGAUGUGCGCACAAGCGAACAGAAACUUCACAGGACUGGUGGCUUGACAGGCAUGUCUGUCCAUCCCCACAAAAAGCUGAAAUACUCCACAGAACAGCGGAGACACCAGGUGAGAGAGUGCUGUCCCCCCAGGGAUCAGCCUGAGGUCAUCUCAAGCAGCCACGAUCCAGCCACGAGCCCAGCAUCAUCCUGGACCCCUAGUUUAACAAACCUGGACACUGUGACCGUGACAGACGUGACCAUGAACUUUCUGACGGUCACUGUGAGAGAGAGCAGCACGGACAAAGGUUUCUUUAAGGGGAAAAGAUGAGUGCGCGCGUUAGGAGGCUGAUGUCAAACCAGAUGCUUACUCACAAGCUCACUGUUAUACUAUAUUUUUUCUAUGUUACUUUCAAACGUGUACAUAUUCAGAUAUAUAAGACGCUGCUGAAAAAAUUAAACAUGAAUCUGAGAAAUUAAA